ACGAUAAUUAAUUACCAAAUAUUGUUUCUGUAUUUCUCAAAUAAGAAGAUAUCUGAUUUUUUAUACAUUUCAUACAAAUAUACAUAUGUAAGUUGCAUCACUUUAUUAGUUGCAAUUAACAAAAUAUGUCCUUAAACUUUUUAUAACAUAGUACUGGUUACUUACAAAGGUUUAUUGACAUUUAGUUUAUCACACAAAAAUAUUGCUAUCCAACUAAAACAAUGGGUCGGAAAGUGGUGGUUGCUGCUUGCAGUCUCAACUUAUGGGCAUUAGACUACCACCACAAUCUUGCCAUGAUUGUGGAAUCCAUUCAGCAAGCCAAGGCAAGAGGAGCUAUGUACAGGACUGGCCCAGAGCUUGAAAUCACAGGAUACAGCUGUCAAGAUCACUUCUAUGAAAGUGACACUGUACUGCAUUCAUGGGAGGCAUUGGCAGAGCUGCUAUGCAACAGAGCCUGCUAUGGCAUCAUUGUUGAUGUGGGAAUGCCAGUCAAGCAUAAGAAUGUACUCUACAACUGCAGGGUUAUUAUCCUUAAUGGAAAAAUAUUGUUCAUUCGUCCCAAGUUGUUGUUGUGCAAUGACGGCAAUUACAGAGAACCUCGGUGGUUUGCUCCAUGGACCAAGUUGCGCACUGUGGAAGACCAUUUCCUGCCACGCCUCGUGCAGCGCGUGACGGGACAGAAAACUGUCGUCUUUGGAGAUGCUGUGCUCAGCACUUAUGACACGUGCAUUGGCUAUGAAAUCUGUGAAGAGCUCUGGAACCCUAGGAGCUCGCACAUUAGCUUGUCUUUGGACGGUGUGGAGAUCAUCAUAAACAGCUCUGGGUCGUACAGAGAGAUUCGCAAGAGCUGGCAGUCUCUGGAGUACAUCAAGGCUGCCUCGGCCAAGUGCGGUGGAUGUUAUGUCUUUGCCAACCUCAAGGGCUGUGAUGGCGACCGCGUGCACUUCUCAGGCGACGCAACGAUCGCUCUGAACGGCAACGUGGUGGCCCACACUCCGCCCUUCCAGCUGUCCGAGGUGGACGUGAUCACCGCCGCCGUGGACUUGGAGGACAUCAGAGUCUACAGGCACAUGAUCGCCAGCCGCUGCCACCUGGCCGCUGAGGCUCCUGCUUACCCACGCGUUCAGGUGGAUUUUAGCCUAUCUUCAGACAACGACCUCUUCUUGCCUUCUUGUUCGCCGAUAUCCGUGGCCCUGCCAACGCCUGAGCAGGAGAUCUUGUACGGACCAGCGUGCUGGCUAUGGGACUACCUGCGCCGCUCUGGCCAGGGCGGAUUCUUGCUCCCGCUGUCCGGUGGCGUGGACUCGGCAUCCACGGCCACUAUUGUGUACAGCAUGUGCUGCCUCAUUGUCAAGGCUGUGGCCGACGGCGAGCAACAGGUUUUGGACGAUGUGCGGCGCAUUGUGUCACAGAAGGAAUAUGUGCCGACCGACCCCCGUCAGUUGUGUGGGCUACUCUUCCAUACUGUUUACAUGGCGUCCGAGAACUCGUCCCAAGAAACUAAGAAGCGAGCCAAGACUCUGGCUCAGCAGAUCGGCAGUUACCAUCUGUCCAUCGUGGUGGACACAGUCGUGUCGGCCAUGCUAGGCGUGUUCAGCGUGUCCACCGGCCACCUGCCCAAGUUCCGCGCCUGCGGAGGAUCCGAGCGAGAGAACGUCGCUCUGCAGAACGUUCAAGCCCGCGUCAGGAUGAUAUCAGCUUACCUUUAUGCUCAGUUGGUGCUGUGGGUGCGGGGGCGGCCUGGAGGGUUGCUGGUACUGGGUUCAGGCAACGUGGACGAAGCUCUACGAGGCUACAUGACCAAGUACGACUGCAGCUCCGCCGACAUCAACCCCAUUGGAGGCUUCUCCAAGGUUGACCUCAAGAACUUCCUCAGGCUCGCCGCCGAAAAGCUGCAGCUGCCUGUGCUCCUGGAGAUCCUGCAGGCUGCGCCCACCGCCGAGCUCGAGCCUCUGGUUGAGGGGCGCGUGGUGCAGACUGAUGAACAAGACAUGGGCAUGACGUACGACGAGCUGUCGCAGUACGGCAAGCUACGCAAGGUAGAAGGCUGUGGCCCCUACUCCAUGUUCUGCAAGCUCAUCCAUCUGUGGCGCGAUCUCACGCCCGCACAGGUUGCCGAGAAGGUGAAGUUCUUCUUCCGGUACUACAGCGUGAACAGGCACAAGAUGACCGUGUUGACGCCCGCGUAUCAUGCCGAGACUUACUCGCCAGACGACAACCGCUUUGAUCAUCGCCCCUUCCUCUACAACUACCGCUGGACCUGGCAGUUCAUGUCCAUAGACUCCGCUGUGAAGAAGCUUGGGGAAGGUCGCGGUAGCGGUGGUGUGGCGGCUCGCAGUGACGGCACAGAAGGUGGCGGCGGCAAGCAGCAGGACGGCGGCGCAGGCGGCAGCGGCAAGAGGACCCAUCAUACGCAUGUGCCCCCACAGCCUCCCCAGCAGCCUGCAAACGAGACACCACGUCAGGGCAUCCAGGUUGCUGUUCUGAGCGAGACGAUUGAGCCGUCGGUGACCCUGGUCCUGGCCGAGGACUCGACUGCAGGUAGCAACAAGUCCCCAAGCAAUGCAAGUAGCGACACCAACAGCUACUACAGCUGCUACAGUGCACCUGCUACUAAAGAUUGCAGCGUUCUGGAGCUGCACGGUGCUGGGGAAGAGGCAAGUGAUGGUUCCUCGUCCACCACCCUGUCCUGCAAAGACGAGUACCUCUCACACUCGCCAUCGCUGAGCGGACAUCAGGCCAAUGAAGCUCUAGUCUCCCAGUAACCUGAUUACGCUGACCUCAUAAACUGGCACGAGAUUCAUUCCAGCUACCAAGUCGAAAUUCUAAUUCUAAUGAAUGGAUUCCAACUCGUUUGAUUAAAAAGAAAUGGAGGUUUGUGUAUGUGACUUGAGUUGACCAAAUGAUGUUUUUUGGAUAAAUUUACUGUUAUUCUGCAUAAAUUCAAUUCUUUCGGAUACGUUUCAGUAAUUUUUGCGUAGAGGUUGAGGACUUUGUGUUUUUCUGAAAUCGAUGACUUGUGAUAGAAACAAACAGCUGUGUCAGAUUAUAAAUUCUUGGAUUGAUAUGGAAUCCAUGUAGAAUCGGCGGAGUCAGAUUAUCAGUUUUGUUUUUAUUUGAUCUGUUGAUGUGGAAACGUUGAUGAAUAGUUUGAUCGAAACUUCUGGUGACGCCUUCGCGAUAGCUGGGUUUGGGAAUUACCACUUAAUGUAUUGUUGAGAAGCAUUGAAUGCUCACGAGAUCGUUACGUACCUGCAAAAUCCUCGAGCGCGCUGAUGACUUGUGAACUCGUAUGCAGGGAUCAAUAAUAUAGAUUAAACUGUAUCCUAUUUGCACGUCAUAGGUUCAUUGUGCUCGAGGAUUAAAUAUCAAAGUGCAUGGCGUUGGUUCCGAGCUGUUCAUUUGAAAUGUAAUGAGAUGAUGACUUGAGGUUUCGUUCUGAAUAUCGGAUUUUUGAGGUGCAAGCAUGCAAUUCAUAUUAAUGGCUGAUGAUGUUAGCCUGAGGAGCGAUUGCCCGAUCAUAUCAAAAACUGCCUUGCCAAGCUCUAAUAGAUUUCUGGCUGCAGUGUGUUCAAAGAGGCUUUUACAAAUAGCGUGGCUGGUUGUAGCAAGUUGCUUCUGAUUGUUCAACGUGGAUUUUUCAACAUCGGUUCAAAGGUCUACAGCAGCUAGAGAUGUUUAGGUAACUCUGAUGUUAAGAACAAUUAUUUGAGGAGUCUUUCCACUACAUCUUCUACUGCUAGUCAGUUAAUGAUGGAUGUCACUUAUUCUCACCUGAACUAUGCAAGAUUCGCCAAUACAUACGAGGAUAAUUAGUUAAUCGUAUCUAUCUGGAGUGUGGUAUCUAUCUUACGUAUCUUCUCUCUAAAUGCUGCUAUUGCCUCUACCUCAAGAAAUUCUUUCGACUUGAGCACUGCCUUUUCCUACAACAAUUUGUGUGGUUGGUAAUGUCUUUUUGUCAAAUUAAGGUAUUUUGUUUGCGUUCUCUAAUUAUAAAUGUUCAAAGUGUUCACACUUGUAGCUCUUGAAGGGCUUCAAGGUUUUGUUCGUGUAGUUUUUAUGUACGUUUCACUUGGUCACCGUAGAUUUCUUUCUUUUGAAGUGGUGUUGUCUAGAAAUGUAGAUUUAUGAGAUAGCCACGGCCUUUCUUCGUAUAUUCCAGUCUGCAGACACGUUGAAAAUCGUUACUCUUUUGGUGAGCUGAGCAAUGCAAUUUACUUGUUCAAUAUACUGGUACCUUAUGACGCGUUCUUGAAACGCGAUUUUGUUUAAUCUAAAAACCUUGAUUAUCGCUUAUUAUUCUGUCCGACAUCUCUAAGCUAUUAAUUGGUUCUCGUGGUACAAGGAAAGGGGCGUUCAUCUUCCUUGUCACUGUUCGCUUGUGAAAGAUUUUAUCAGAGAGUGCAGCUUUUUUGUUGUUUGGUCUCGCGUAUUGAUGGUGACAUUUUGAGCACCUUCGAGGCUUGGUUUAGAUUAGGUAUUAAACUCAGUUUAAUUAGGUGAUUAUUGUGUCGUUUGCGGAAUAGGAAAUUGAACUUCAGGUGCUGUGUAGCUGUUUUGCUUAUGUUUGUUUAGUGAUUAACUUUUGAAAAUGUGUCUUUCUUAUUUAAUGUUGAAUUACUGAAGUUUAUUUUCGACAAAAUUCCCUUCAAAAUGAGACUACUUCAGCUUUUAAAGCACUGAAAUUAUAUUAGAUGGAAACUAAUUUUUCCUUUAAAUAUUGUUCGUAGUUUAAACUGAGGCUUAAAUAUUUUUCAUUAUAUUUAACAUUGUUUCCUGUAGUUGUUUCCUCUUGCAUAAAGUAAGUGGUUGGGCCAGUACCUGUUGCUGUUGUACACAUUUUUCUCCUUACGAUAGCAAUACUCGGUUGCUGCUCUCUCGUGGUAUCUUUAGAUGGUUUUUUGUUCCAGCAUAAAUCUGUAGAGCACCUAAUUCUAGUAUUGCUUCCAAAUCUUCAAAUUCUCUAAAAUUUUACUAAUAAAUGAAUAACCUUGACGGAAGCUAUAGUACUCUAUCAUUGAUAUGCUAAUUUUACCCGCAUUUACUUAUGAUGUUUGUAUUCUAGAAUAGAAUUGUAUACUCGUAAUCGCACAGAAUCAACACUGCCAAUAGAUGAAAAAGCUCGACUUGUAUGCCUGCUGUAAUUAGCGGGGUGCCUGCUGCAAUUGGAGGGGUGCCUGCUGCAAUUGGCGGGGUGCCUGCUGCAAUUGGUGGAUGCCUGUUGCAAUUGGCGGGGUGCCUGCUGCAAUUGGCGG